AUGGUGAAGGUGCUCGCAAGAGCCUCGGUCGUGCUGAUGGUGCUCGGCACGCCAUCGCUGGCUGCUGCACUCGAAAAGGUGGUACGAGGCUUCAAGUCGGUGCCCGACCAGAAGCUACGAUACCAGCAGCUCCUGUUUCUCGCUCAAAAGCUUGCCCCGAUGGACGCGUCGCUCGCAGUGGACGCAAACAAGGUGCCAGGCUGCCUCUCGACCGUCUACGUGCAUGGCUCCCUGGGCGAUGACGAUACCAUCAACUUCGUGGGCGAGUCAGACUCGCAGCUGACCAAAGGCAUCGCGGCCCUGCUGAUCAACGGCCUCUCCGGCUGCACGAAUGAGGAGAUCCAGGCGGUCGACCCAAGCUUCAUCCAGGCAGCGGGCAUCGCCCAGUCGCUGACGCCCGGCCGCAACAACGGGUUCCUCAACAUGCUCAAGAUGAUGAAGGGGCAGGCGGCCAAGCUCGCGGAGCGCGACGAAAGCAGCGGCGGUGGGGGCGGUGCGGCGAGUGAUGCAAUGAGCGAGGCGGCGAGAUAA